AUGAAUCGACGUAAAUAUAAACAUUAUGGAAUACCCUCUGAUCAUACAUAUGGAAACAGGGAAAUCCAUCAGCCACAAUUCGAGGAUGAGGAAUUACGAGAAUAUUCGGAUGAUGAUUUUACGAUGAAUGAGGAACCUGUAGAGAGAGUUAAAAACAGUAGUGAUGAUGAGGACCAUUCAAGUUAUGGGGAUGCUAUCCAGCAUCAUCCAUACACAAGUUCAUCGUCCGGAGAGGAGCAGCAUGAUAUUCAAAUUAAAGUCCAAGCUAGAAAAGCACUCAAAGACUCUAAACGUUUCCUUCAUUCGACCACCAAGCAAAUGGAGCAUAAAAUCGCCUUCUCACAAAAUAAUUCCUUAAUGGAGAAGAUGCUUGAAAACUCUGCUCGCAACAAGGAUGUUGUAGUGGAAAACUUGUUGCAUCAAAUGGUUAUAAGAAACUCAAAAGAUUGGUUCCUGAACUUGUCGUUCGAACAAUGUUAUACUAAAAUAAGGAAUAUUAUGAGAGAAACAACAUUCAGUAGCGAACGAAACAAAGCAAAAUUCUCAACCAUAAAUAACACCAAGAUCCACAACUCCUACAACAGGAACAACAGGAGAGAAGGAGAUGGCUUGCAGAACCAUAAUGAUGAGAGCCGCCCAGUACCUGAAUAUUACCAAUCUUUGGACCCACCCUCAAAAUUACACAAGAACCAACAAAUAGGAGUAGUUCGUAUCCCAAAAAACAUCAAGGAGGAGAAACCUUUUGUCUCCACUCCAAGAAAACCAGUUCAACAAGUAUCAUCGAAACAACGUCUUAAAAAACACAAAUACCAAAACCGAAAGCUGUACCAUGCUUCUGAAGAAGAAAUGAUGUCUUUGGAGGCAUAUUUCGGUCCAGAACUAGCGCUAGACGUCCUUGAACAUGCUGAUACUUUUGUGAGCUUUCAAAAAUACUGGAGAACCAAUAGAAAAUAUCGUUUCAAUCGAAAAGUGCAAGAACUAAGGAGUAUGUUCCAAACAACACUGUUCGAAAUGGAACGGGCUAAAUUGGAAAAUUAUGACACUGAAGACUAUGCGAGACAAAUCAAAUAUCUAGCGUCUCAGUUCUGUAUAGAAAUGAAUCCUGCAAAGCCAUACACACCUGGGCCUAUUAAACAAUCCAAUAAGAUCGAUAAGCAUAGUUUUCUUCAUAGAAAAGAGGAACCCACCUUUUUGAAGAAAGUCAAAAAGAAGAAAAAGAGAGGAAGUAACAUGCACGACAUGACGAAAUCAAGUCCUCAACAUCCAUCACCACCAGUUGUGAUGAAUGAUCAACAAGCGGUUGUGACAACGCCAAACGAACAACGCAAUGAUAGCAUCCCAGCAUCUUCUACUCCAAAACGAACUCCACCAAUUCCUUCACUCAACUCAGCGUUCAACAGAUCUGUGAAAACUAUUGGCUCCAUUUCUCCCAAGCGAUUACAAUUGCAAUCAAAUAACCAAUCACACGAGAGUGCUGAAUCAACUACCAUGCAAAAUGUACCAAGCACACCAAUCCGUUCUGCACAAAGAAAAACCUUGUCGAGCAGAGUAUUCAAGCUUCAAUCAAGACUUGAUAAUGAUAGAAACAACAAUUCCAAUACGGAUCUAACACCUGAAGCAGCAUUGUCGUUUGAAGACCCAAUUGAUUUUCAAAAUAGGGAGUCGAGCAGUAUCGUUGAAGAUUCGUUCCAGUCCGAUUCAUCAUUAUCAUCGAGAAGGGAUGAUAGCAGAGAACUAUCAUCAUUACCACAAUUUCAGGACCUGGAAAAUGUGUCUGCAGAGAGUGGCACUAAUGAUCAAACAACCAACAACACUAAUCGUUCUUCAAACACCCCAACCAGAAUACCAUUGGAAGUAACCACAAACUUGAACCAAGAGUUGGUAGACAAUGAGGGUAUAUCCUUUUCACCAGUAUCACUUAUUCCGCCAUUGUCUCCAAUCCUUAGAAGGGCUCCACCUCCUCCACUAGAACACGCAGAGUCUGAAGAAACAAAAUCCAACGAAGAAGUGGACGAAGAAGAAACCAUCACAGACAUCCGGAGCAACACAGUCGCAAGUGAGAACAAUGAAACAAGAGAUGCUUUGCCACUUCUGAAAGAACCAAUUGAUGAUGUAGUGAUACAGUCAACGUCUUUGAGCGAUGACCAUCAAUCAAAUACCUCUGGCAAGUUGGAUCUUGAGGAAUUUGAGCAGCAGCUCCAAAUGGAAAGCAAGUAUUUCAGCCCCAAAAUACUCUUUGAGGAGCUUGAUAGGGCAGAGCAGGAUCGAAUGUCAUGUGAAACUUUCAGUCAUACCUCCACCAACAGUGAUGAGGAGAAUUUUAACGAAUUGCACAUUCUUCAAACAAGUGUCGAUGACUACAUACCUGCAAACAAUUCAAAGAAGUUAACAACACUUCCUUCAGGUGCUUCAGAAAGCACUUAUUCACCAAUGACAGUUUUCAAUCAGUCCAAUAAUGAGCCUUCUAUUGAAUUGCUUCCACAAUUAAUCGAACGCCCAAAUUCGGCUUUUAAACCAGCAGACGAACUUGUAGGAGUUACAAACUCUUCAAAAGAUUCAAACGUAGAAGAUGUGGUUUCAAAGGAACUACAACGGUAUGAUUCAAUUAAUGCCUCAAAGAGCAGUCAUUCGUCAACAUUAGGAGAAGUAACAUCCACUCCACGACCUCCCUCUAGAAAACCGCCACAGCCCUCUCUUUCAUUGGAGGAGCUUGUUGAAAAAGAUCGGGUGCGCUUUGCAGAAAUUGAAAACUUGGUCUUCUCCUUGGAUGAGUCAUCGGUAAUUUUCCAAUUCGAUAGAAACUAUGUGUACUCGGGGUUCAAAAACUCGAAUUAA